AUGGCAAGAAGUGCCAGGGCUCCCCGCAGACUCUCAUCUCGCCAGUUCCGGCCAGCUCCCUACCGUCUCCCACCUUAUGGUCGAGGGUUUCUGGAGAAGGAAGGCCACCCGAAGAAGCCGUCCAAGGCUCUAGAGGAGGACUGGGAGGAUGCCACCUGCUCGGUGUGCAUGGAGUUCCCCCACAACGCGGUGCUCCUCCUCUGCUCCUCCCACGACAAGGGCUGCCGUCCCUACAUGUGUGGCACCAGCUUCCUCUACUCCAACUGCCUGGACCAGUACAAGAAGGCCUACACCAAAGUGUUCCCCCCCCACGAAGCCCACAGCCACCACAACCACGGCCACACUCUGGCUGCCUCGUGGCCGCCGCUGUCGGAGAAGCCCGAGGCAGUAGAGCUGUCGUGCCCGCUGUGCCGAGGCCAGGUGAAAGGGUGGACCGUGGUGGAGCCGGCCAGGGCGUACCUCAACGCGAAGAAGAGGAGCUGCAUGCAGGACAAUUGCACCUUCCUGGGGAAUUACAGGGAGCUCCAGAAGCACAUGAAGGCGGCCCACCCUUCCGCUAAGCCCCGCGAGGUCGACCCGGUGCUUGAGCAGAGGUGGAGGCGGCUUGAGCGCGAGAGGGAGCACGAGGACGUGAUCAGCGUCAUCAGGUCCUCCACCCCCGGGGCGGUGGUGUGGGGCGACUACGUGAUCGAGGGCGGCCACGGCAGCGGCACCGCCAGUGACGACGAAGGGGACGGUGCCGACAGGGCCGACGGUGGUGGUGGCGGCGGCGGCGGCGGCAGAGGCUUCGACCCCAGCAUUCUCUACGUGCUGAGCCUCUUCCGGGCCUUUGAGAACUCCAACGCGAGCCUCGCCUCGCGGCUGAGGAGGGUCGAGAGGGGCUCUCGGGCGCUGGAGAGGGAGAUCGGAAAUCGCUUCCCUCUCCUCCCCGGUGAUCCCAAUGGUGCAGCUGCCUCCGCUGGUGGCGGUGGAGCGUCGGAGGGCGAUGAGGAGGAUGAAGAAGAAGAAGAAGAAGAAGAAGAAGAAGAAGAAGAAGAAGAAGAAGAAGGGCUCCUGUCUGGCAGACAUGGAAGGGCGGUGGGAAGGAUUGAGAGGAGGAGGCGCCGCCGCCGGCGGAGCCGGAGCCAUGCAGGGCUGGCGGUCGACAUGGACGCAUGA